AUGUCCUCUGGCAGAGGCCCGCCGCCGAGGUAUACAGACAGGGGCGACUAUGACUACGGUAAGGCGAAGCGCAAGAGUUUCCACCCUCCUUCGGGUUCCCGGAGAGAUUAUAAAGGGCCCAGCUCCGCAUCUACCGGUCUGUCUUCGCUUCGAGACUCGGUGUCCUCGUCCUCCAACGUCACCAAUCAUCGCUCCCGUUACCAAGGACAGGGCUAUAAUGGUCCUCCUUCAAAUAGAGGCGCUUAUGGGCUGUAUGGACCUUCUCGAGGGUACUCUUCCUACUAUCCCAGCUACGGCUCGUACAACGCAUUUUCAUCUAGAAGAGAACGAGAUUCUUCUGGCGGCCAGGUUUAUGGUCCAAGGAAGCCGCCAAACACUGCUUCUGCAAAUGACCGCUACGACAGCUACCUGACAGAUCAUGGAGAAAAAAAAUGGAGCGGUGGCUACAAUUCCGGUCGUCCUCGCACUCGUAUCCGAGGUUCCUACCUGAACACCGGAAGUAGAAUGGAUAGCCGAGGCGACUACUAUCGCUCAGGCUACUCUGGCUCGUCAUACUCUGGUUCUGCUCCCGGAUCUUCCUACAAUUAUCGCCAUAUAGACCGCUACUGCAGUUUGGACAAAACCGAAAAUGGCUCCAAAUCUCCCAGUGAUAGCGACUCCCGACCCAACACUCCCUCCAACUCUGUGGAGCGCCGCGAGACAUCUCCUGAAUACAACGACGAUGUCCGUGCUGAUGUCAAAGCAGAGCUCGAACCAAGCCGAACAUACAGCGAUAACGAGACACCCGUUAGUACAGAUGACGAAGCUGAUGAUUACGAGCCUCCUGAGCCCAGUGUAGAGAAUGAAGCUAUGAAGAUUGACAAGGAAGACGACUCAGCCAUGUCGGAAAUGCACCGUGAGGCAUUCGAAGCCAUUCGUUCUCGCAAAAUUUCUGCCACACCAGAUCUGGAAUCUUACGAGCCUGAAGAACCAAAGGUGACGGAACAGGAACAGGAGCCAGAACUACAUGUACCACAUGAGCCACGGGAAUCGCAAAAGCUGCAACAUGAACCGGUUUCUGAGCCAGUUUCUGUGUCUUCUGCUCCCGUUUCUGAGCCACAAUUGGAUACCAAAGUUCAACAAAAUAGCGAGACCUCCUCUCAGUUGAAGUUUGGCCCAUUGAACCGCAUACAGACCGAGUACGAAGCUCUUUCUAAAGAGUUUGAGAAAUCGGGAACUGCGAAGAAAAGCGUUGUCGACUUUCGUCAACUUGACUUUUUCGAUUUGAACUUCCACUACUUUAAAUUGCACCGUGACGAAUUAGUGCAUCGCUUACAAUCGAAGAUAAAAGAAACAGAAGAGAAAAAGAUUCUGUUGUGGAAGCUGUACGAAGUCAAGUUCAAGGAAUUCAAUGCAAAGCGCAAGUUUAUGGAUGAACAGCUCCAAAUAUUGCACCCAGAAGACGACGAUUUCAGAAGAGAGUUGGAAUCCAUCGAUACAAGAACCAAGAACGACCAGCAAGAACUUGGUGCUCCUGGCCAUGCAGCACUCUCUCGACGGGGAAGACGCCAUGGAGACUUGGUGACCACAGAAGCAGAGUUCCAGGAGGUGUUGCAAUCACUAGAAAAGCAGCAGAAUCAGGACCCGCUGUUUAAAGCGCGUAAAGGUGCCGCUACAAUACCUGAUAUGGUAUUGGACCCAGAAGAGCGUACGCUAGUGAAGUAUAUGGACUCCAACAAUAUGGUCAAGUCCAAGACGGAAUGGGCAUCUAGAGUCAAGACAGAUUUCAACAACAACUUCAAUUCAAGCGAACACAUUGCCUUCUGUGAAGCCUUUUGUCUUUAUCCGAAGCGCUUUGGUGCUAUUUCUCGACACAUGGGAGGACUUCGAACACCUGAAGAAUGCGUGGUUCACUAUUACAUGACAAAGAAGGCAGUUAACUACAAGCUGUUGGUAGCUCAGUUCAAGAAAAAGAGUAUCAAGAAGGCUGCUCGCAGAGGUAAACCCAAAUCGAGAAAUACAUCACAAUCGUCAACUCCUGUUGGUACCCCUACUGUGGAGAGAGACAUUGAAGAGUACGCUCAAACUAUCACACUUCCAAAUGAAACUUUCGGAGAAGAAAUGUAUACUGAAACGGGAAGACGGAAGCGGGCAGCAGCACCAACUUUUGAAGGUACCAAGAAAAAGGAGACCACCGUUAUUCAGAUCAAGAAAAGAAAAAAGAAAAAGGACGAAGGUCAGCAACCUGAAACAAUGGAUAUGGAAAAUGCUGUUCAGUCUGGAGAGUCGGCAAUUGAACCAUCGCAACCAGCACCAACAAAUAUUGAAACCGAAUCUCACGAGCACGAUAAUUCCAAUGAAACAGACAAGAAAAAGAAUAUCUCGAGUUAUUGGAGUAUUACUGAGGCCAAUGAGUUUCCUCGCUUAUUGUCAAUGUACGGUACCAACUGGAUAGCUAUUGCUGAUACCUUGUCCACCAAAACCGCGACCAUGGUUCGCAACUACUUUAUUCGUAAUGCCGAGAGAAACAACUGGAAUGUGAUUGUGGCCGGUGCAGAUACGAAAGACACUAAGAGUGAAUUGGGUGCUUCGUUCAGCCAGAAUUAA